UCUGGGAAAUCCCGAUCGAGUGACUCAUCAGAUGACGAUGUAAAAGACACGUCUGGCUUUAAAGUUAUACUGACAUUCUGCAAUAUUGACGUGAACAAUUUGGAACUAGAAGUGACUGAGCAGCAAUGGCAUCAGGGGGCAGAAAGGACGACGGUGGAGGAUCAGGCUCAUGGCUUUUGACUGGCUUAAAGAUUGGUGCAGCACUUGGGGCAGCUGCUUUGGGAACCUAUGCUGCUGUCAGGGCAGCACAACAGGAAGAAAAAGAGAAAGAAACUCCAAUGACAUCGAGAUGUAGCGAAGAUUCAUUCAAAGAUGAAGGAGGAAGACAAGAUUACUCGUCUUCAUCCUCAAGUUCGCAGUUCCCAAGAGAAGAAUCAAAUCCAACUUCUCAUGCUCCUAGAGAAGCAUCAAAACCAAAGAAGAAGCCUUCUGGGUCCUUGAUAGAUGAGCUGCAGGAAUACUUCAACACAAAGAUCUCUAUUCCUUCAGACAAGAACCUUGUCAUCCAAAAUCUUGUUUUGGACACGAGGGAACGUCUGAGUAGCUAUCUAGUCAAGAAUCAACGGAGACUUGUUAAGGGUGAUCUAGUACCAGCAGCUUUUGACAAGAUGAUUCUGAAGCAAGGAGAAGAGUUCAGGUUGAUGCUUCCGAUAGCUUUUGAUCCCAAGAUGUGGGAGUUCAUUGAUGCUGCUGAUACAAUCCUAGAUAUGCCAGGCUACUUCUGCGUGAGGCGCACCAAUAUUGACUUCUACAGCAUCGGGAGAAGUCCAUGGGAUCGUUUCCUCAUCGGCAGCUACCUAUGCCCAGAGCUUCUGCAAGACUUCCUGAGGAAGAUCAUUGAUCAGAGUAUUAAAGAAGGGACAGUGUUUGACUUCUAUUGUAACGUCAAACGCAAUGCAGGAGGAGUUGAGUUGAACGUUGAGAAUCCUGUUAGAGGUUUUGGGAAUACAGGAAUGCUCCGCAUCAAGAUUAUCCCAUACAUGAGCAUGAAGAUUAACGAUAAGAUAAUCACCCUCAUCGCCCAGUCUGUAAUCCCCUCUCAUCCAGCGGCAGCAACCACAGGAAACACCAACCCCAACGAGAACCUCUGGCUUCAGUCCUUUGAAGUAAAGGCCGUCUGUGAAAUGGAAAGCAUGGAUUUAGAUGGAGGCUGCCGCUGGAAGUGUCUGGCGAUUCUAGAUGCUCUUGGAUCGACCCAUCAGCCUCUGAGAAUGCUCUCCCGCUACCAGAUGAUCACCAUCCUCUUGAAGAUGUGUCGAGAGGAGACAGAGUGGGCUGAAGAGAUGCUUGCAGAGAGGGUCUUGGAUCUUCUGAAGGCUGUUGAGGAGCAUCUUAAAGCUGGAACGCUGUUGGACUUUUUUAAUAAGAAGGUAGACUUGUUCGCUCACAUCUCACCAGUGAAGAUAUCUGAGUCCCAGAAGUGGUUGGCCCAUGUCUUGGAGUCUAAAGAUAGAAUCUCAAACUUGCUGUAUUAAAAUUUAGCAGAAAGUUUUGUUCUCCAGCUUAGAAAAAUGAAAGGCAGGCACUGUAUAGGCCUAAUGUGGCACAGGAAAACAUCUCAAGGCCAUCUUCUACCUUUUAUGAUAUAAAACAAAAACAUGCAGUAAAACCUACCAUAUGGAAGUAUUAUUCUUGAAUAGUUUAUUAAAAACUACACAAAUAUUGCGAAAACAAGCUGAUAUGCCAUAAAAACAAGGAAUUAAAUUAAUAAAAAAUGUGCACAAAGUCCUUGAAAAAGCACAUGAAUAAGCAGGGCCCAUUUUCAUAGAGCUGCUUCAGCAAAAAAAGGUAGCUAUGCACAGCAAAAUUAUGCUUACCAGAAUAUGGUUACCAGCCAAACUACAUAAUAUAUACAUGUACCGUAUCACAUGAAAAAAUGUCUGUAUCCUGCUCAUUUCUGCUGUUACAUAGGCUAUUGUAGACAAUUGUUAAACAAACUGUUCUGCUUUAAAGCAGCUUCAUGUAUUGGCCCUGGUCUUCUAAAAAAUACCACUAAAUUUGUUUUAUAAAAUUCUAUAGUUGAUGUGUUUAUUGAAUGAAACAUGGUGUUCUUUUGAAAAAAAUCGAAAGUUGUAUCAUACUUGAAACUUUAAUAUUCUGAUAAAAAAAAUGAUGAAUUGGUGGAAAUAAGCAGACUGUUACUACAAUGCAAAAAUAUGAGUGUAAAGUUUAACACCAUGGAUGUUGUCUCAUACAGAUACCAUCUUGAAGUGUUAAAAUAACACCAAACUGUUUGGGUAGAAAUUAGUGUUAUUUUAACACCAUGUGGUGCAAAUUCUGAUUCAUUUGUUUGUAUCUUGAGACAACAUCCAUGAUCUAAAUUGUAUCGGUUGUUGCUGUGCAUGUCAUGCAUUAUUCAUGACUUACUCAAUACUUACUCACUUUAAUACAUGUAGUUACUUUUAUUUAUAAUUUGAAAGUAAUUAAUAUUCAGUGUGAUGUUGUAACUUAUGUUUAAAAGUUAAAUAUGUAAAUAAUAUUCUGAAGGCUAUUAUGAACUCCCACUAUUGAUGUUGAUUAAUUCACAGUUUGUUACUGCUAACAGUUUUAAAGAAAAUUUAAAAAUGCAUAAUAUGCUAAUUAGAUGUGUUGGCUUCCUGAUAAGCCAAAUAAGAUACAUAUAGUUUGUUUUAUCUCGAAAUCACUCUUUUUGUUUUCCUUUUUUUCUUUCUUUCUUUUUGUUGACGUUGAUAAAUUCUAAGUGCUAUUGUGACAUUAUCCACAGAGCAUUCUAUUUUCCAUUAUCUGGUGGUGUCAACUCAUUCAUUUUUGUGCAAUUAUAAAGCUGUUUACAAAACAAAACAAAAUUGUAGACUUUAUACAAUAAAAUAUAGGUGGAAAUCCAAACAUUGCAUUUAUUUUGGUUUAGUCACCACAGUGUGUACAAGCUUGAGUGUGUGCUAAACGUUAUCUUUCAUGUGGACGAUUUUACAAGGAGUUAAGAGUGAUCUUAACUGUGUGUCAGUCUUGAUUGCUAGGCAAUCUGUGGUGAAAUCGACCCCAGCGAUGUGAUGUUAUAAACUGUCUUUAAAUCUAUCAUUAAGUUAAUGAAUAAAAACAUCUCAAAUCUCAAA